AUGCACUUAAAUAUAAGCAUCGCGGUGAUUCCAUCCACGUCCAGUUUGUUGGCUAUUCUUACUGUUGCUGCUGUGGCUAGGGAAUCGCCUUCUGAUGCUGCUAGCCCCACCGGUCGUGUAAGUUAUUAUUUAGAGAUAAUUGUUGCUGGUGAAGCGUACAUGAAGAUUUUGGAUGUGAGGAGAAUAAGCGAAAGUGGGAGUUACGGCGCAGGCGGUGAACCUCGCCCGGCACGCGAGCCGACGUACACCCUUAAGGCAACUGGUGAUGCUGCUAAAAAUUACGACUUCUUAGCUGCAAGACCACCAGGCAAGAGGCAAACGAUAAUUGAAGCCUCUGGUCAUCUAGCAAAAAGUGCUCUUGGUGCAGGAAUAUGUGUGAUUCAUAUGGGGUUUAAAAAUUGUGGCCUAUGGACCGCAUUCGUACUGAGCAUAUUUUUGGGAUUACUGGUCGGCUACUGUAUGUAUGUAUUAGCAAAGAGUGCUCAAAAAGCCUACGGUAUGUCCCAAACGGCAGAGAUGUCUUAUCCAGAUCUAGCUCAAUGUGCAUUCGAAAUUUGCAAAUUUAAUGGACUCAAAAAAUGGGCGCGUGCAUUUAGGUAUUGCGUUGAUGUUACAAUUAUGUUGGAUCUAUUUGGAGCUUGCUGCUGUUAUCAGAUUAUCAUAAGCAAGACAGUUCUCGACACGAUAAAACAUUUCACCGGUAACGAACCUAAUUUAAGGAUUGUCAUCCUCCUUGUGGCUAUACCAAUUAUAUUGCUUUGUAUGAUACGGACGUUAAAAUAUCUGGCUCCAUUUUCUAUCGUUGCUGAUCUGGUUAUAGUUACGGUGGCGAUUUGCACUGUAGUUUACGGAAUCCAGAACGCUACUUAUGAUAAUCGUAGUCCUUUUGACAUGCCAGUCUUUACAAGCUUCGGAAAAAUGCUCAUUUUCAUAUCGAAUUGCGUAUUCGCCAUGGAGGGUGUGGGGGUCACCCUGCCCAUAGAAAAUAACAUGAAGGAACCUAAAAAAAUAGGACUGGUUCUUAUUUAUGGAAUGGGUAUUAUCAUCAUUAUGGUGGUAACUGUUGGGUUUUUUGGCUAUUGGGGCUUCGGAGACCUCUGCCAAGAACCCGUCACACUUAACUUUCCAACUACUGGAUUCGCUAUAUUCCUGAAAAUCUCAUUGGCUGCUAUGGUCUGGGUAACGUUCGCUUUGAAUUUCUGGGUGCCUUUUGAACUGGCGUGGGAUUAUAUAAAAAAACGUCACCGGAGUACAGAAAAAAUUAACAUAAAUAAUAUUGAGAGGAUAUACCGAAUAAUAUUCAUUAUUGCAAUUACACUUGUUUCUGUAAUUUUCCCGGAUGCAAAUAAACUUGUAGCCGUGAUAGGUUCUUUCUGCUUAACAAACAUGGGAUUUAUAUAUCCAGCAUUAAUCGAAUUACUGUUGGAUUGGGAUGACCCUGGUCUUGGUAAAAUGAAGUGGAGGCUAUGGAGAUUCCUUGCGAUUUUAAUAUUUUCAGUAUUUGUUAUGGUUUUAGGAACAAUCGAAGGCGUGGUCGAUUUAAUUAAGUUUCUACAGGGUAAAACUUCGACUAGAGAGUCGUUCUGGGUUGAUCAUUUUUAA